CUCCGAGAGCAACGGUUUAGAGGUAGCACAAUUCGAUGGGCAGUUUAUUUCGGUGAAUGCCAGAAAAGUAAAGAGAGAAGACGGAGACGACUACAAGGAGGUUUGUGGGGUUAACAGAAUGGAUUUCCUCACUUUCCUCACAGUUUUAAUGUCAGUCUUGGAAGCUGCAUUUGCCUUCAAUAUUGACCCUGUGGCAUGGAAAACCUUGACCAACUCAGCAGAGGGUUUUGGAUAUCAAAUAGUGCAAAGACAAUCUGAUUUACUUGUCAGUGCGCCCCUUGCUCAGACUUCAUCAAACAGAAGAGGACAAAUCUUCCGUUGCUCUGUUCACACCCCGACUUGCAAUGCGUUAGAAAUUUCAGUGCCGGACUUUGCCGUCAACAUGUCUUUUGGCUUGACCAUGACAGCCAAUCCAUCCACUGAUGAUAUCACGGCAUGUGGUCCCACCAUUCCAAAAGACUGUGGAAGCAUCACCAUGUUCAACGGUGUGUGCUUGGAGAUACCCCCUUCAAAUGUCCCCAGAUCACCUCGGCCUGAUUCUCUUGAUGAGUGCCGAAAUAAAGCAGACAUCGCAUUUCUGUUGGAUGGGUCUGGCAGCGUUGACGCGGGAGAUUUUAAGAUAAUGAAGGAUUUUGUCAUAGGUCUCAUCGACUCCUUUGUGGGCAAAGAUUCCAAGUUUGCCAUAAUCCAAUUCUCCAACAAACCCACAGUCCAUUCUGAUUUUUCUACCUUCAAAUUUGCGACUUGGAGAAAUGACAUUCAAGGGAUAAAGCAAUUAGGAGGAGGGACAAACACAGCCCGUGCCAUUCUAAGUGUUACGAAUACAGUCUUUGUAGAAACAGAAGAUUCCAGGUUGAUUGUGAAAAAGAUUCUUAUAGUAAUCACAGAUGGAGAAUCUACCGAUAGCCGCAGUUUACCAAACGCAAUAAAGGCAGCCGAGACAAAAAAUAUAGUUCGAUUUGCUAUUGGGGUGGGGAGUGCAUUUCAACGUCCUAAUGCAAUAAAGGAGCUAAAUACCAUCGCAUCUCUUCCCUCGACAAAGCAUGUGUUUCGCGUAGGGAGCUUCAGCGCGCUUAACGCAAUACAGGAGACUUUGGAGGACAGCAUCUUUGCUAUUGAAGGAUCUCAAACAAGCGGUGAGAAGCUAAAAAUGGAGAUGGCUCAGCUUGGAUUCAGUGCCGCCUAUAUGCCUGAUGGAAUACAAAUAGCUUCUGUUGGGGCAAACGGUUGGAGAGGAGGUUUUCAUACAUACACAGACCAGGUACAGAGUUCCUAUCUGCCGACAGACAUUGAUCCUGACAGCUAUCUGGGUUAUUCCAUAACCAUUGCCCAAACAAGCUCUGAAACGCUGACGGUAGUUGGUGCACCAAGAUAUCAACAUAGAGGGAUUGUUAUGGUGAUUCUUCAAAACAGAGCUAUACAAACAAUAGACCCCUUUGUAUGGCAGUACCAGAUUGGUGAAUAUUUCGGAGCAGUGGUCUGUGCCAUGGAUGUGAACCAAGACGCCUUCACGGACGUCGUGCUCAUUUCUGCCCCUAUGUUUGUGGAAGAGGAUAGAGAGGGGAGGGUUUACGUUUGCAGCAUGAUCCGUUUGAGAGUAGACUGUCAGUUCGACACUCCUUUAGUGCUGAGAGGAGUCCCAUCUCCCAGAGGGCGAUUCGGUUCUUCCCUCGCCAUACUGCCUGACCUCAACUCAGAUGGACUUAACGACUUGGCGGUCGGGGCACCGUUGGAGGAUGACGGCCAGGGCAGCGUCUAUAUAUUUCACGGCGAGCAAAGAGGAAUCUCUGCUACUUUCUCACAAAGGAUUGCUGGAUCAGAAUUGGACUCAGGUCUCAGGUUCUUUGGUAUGUCCAUCGGCCAGUCUUCAGCGGAUCUCAGCGGGGAUAACCUGAGUGACCUUGCAGUGGGUUCAAAAGGAACAGUCAUCUUACUCAGAUCCAAACCCAUAGUAAUGGUAGACAGCACACUGUCCUAUAACCCAAAACAAGUCUUGACAGAAAGCGCUACUUGUGAAAACCCAAAGCCUUUCAAUGCAGAAAUCUGCUUUUUGAUGAGCAGCAUCUCAUCCCUGGAAGGAGCAAGAGCGAGAGUUAAUUAUACUUUAACGCUGGACGCCACCCGCAAGGUUCCCAGCAACCGAGCUUACUUGAGUGAAAAAAAACGAGAAACAAGCGGGACCAUGAUUCUCGACUUACAAGCGUCAAACUGCUUCACAGUCAAGUUCUACAUCGAGCCCUGCCCAGAAGACUCUUUGAAUCCUCUUUACAAUGAGCUUCGAUUCACAUUUGAAGGUUUGCCCGCCGCUAAUAAUCUGAGUCCCUCUUUGGCUCAACAGGCCCAAAUGACCCCUUAUCCGUUGUAUUUUGAGAUCGAUUGUGGCGAGGACAAAACAUGUGAAGAUAACCUCAAACUGGAUUUUAACUUCAGCAGCUCCUUGGAGGUCAAAGUGGGCAUUGAUGAACUCUUGAACGUCAUCAUAUCUGUGAAAAACCAGGGAGAAAACUCCUACAACACCCUUGUUGUUCUCACGUACCCAGUUGGAUUCUCAUACAGGAAAUUUACUGCUCUGCAGGGACGAAUUGAGUGCAAUUCUUUGGACAGUGAAGGUGGUCAAGCCCGUGGAAGGACAGAGUGCACCAUUGACAAACCUAUUUUCAGAAGCAACGCGAAGGCUACCUUCGUGGUGUCGUACGGUAUUGACACCAACAGCGAACUGGACAACAGGAUGUUUGUCACAGCAAAUGCAACAAGUGGGAAUGCGCAACACUCAGCUUUAAGUCAGCCUUACAAAUUCAAAGACAUUGGUGUGAAGUACAGCAUUUUUGUUACAAUGGAAAGUUCGCUAAGCUACAUCAAUUUCACCUAUGGAAAAAGUGAUGUGCAAAAAUCAAUCCAGCAAUCAGUUUUGGUUUCCAAUACCAUCCGAGCCUUGAACCUCACAGUUGUGAUCAGAGUGCCAGUGAAGCUUGGUGAAAUGGACAUCUGGCAGAAUUUGAACAGUUUGCAGAUUCCAGACUGCCAGUUUAGCAAUGAUGAAAGCGCAAAUACAACAAAUUUUGUUGAUCUGGUGCAAAGAAAUAAGAUGGUGGACUGCUCAGUUGCUACGUGCAGGGUGUUUCAUUGCAACAGGUUCAUGGAAACUUUGGAGAACAAGCAGUACAAAAUAUCUGCCAAUAUGAGUUCAGCAUGGAUCCAGCAGAUCGGACUCAACAAGGCCAAGUUCAUGUUCAUCAGCACGGCCAGUCUUGAGUAUGACCUGAACCAGUACAUCUUCUUUUCAACAUCAUCUAAUAGUAACCCUCCCGUGCACAAGAUUGUAACAGAGGUAGAAGUGUAUCCCCAACCAGACUUUACCAAAGAGAUAGUUGGCGGUUCCAUAGGAGGACUGGCAAUACUGGCUAUACUCUCAAUUGUCCUGUAUAAGGCUGGAUUUUUCAAGAGUAAAUACAAGGAUAUGAUCAAUGAGGCUGACGGCGGAGAAACAGUGAAUGAUGAAGCCACACUCACACCGCAAUAAUAACAUUCAAGAAAUUAUUUUGAGCCUUUUGCUUUCAGCUAUCCAAAACACUGACGUCAAUGUCAAUUAAUCGUCUUGCUGAUGCCCAUUCAACACAUCAUUUAAAGGAAUUUCAGAUAAAGGAUGACAUUUUUGCACUAUUAUUUUACAGCAUGUUUAUAAGCUUAAGACACCUGCCGUAUAUGCAUCAACAUGAAAAACAUACUGCAAAACAACUAUAGAAUUGUAUCAUUGUUUUGUAUCUUAUUUUGCAUUUCAUUGUAUUGUUGAAAAUAU